ACGGUCACUCUAAUUAAUAUCGAUAUAUGCAUAUUGUUAAAUAUCAAGAAUCUUAAUCGAAAUCGCCGUCAGCUGUUUACCGAAAAAGAUUGAUAACGGCAAUAAUACAGGCAGGAAGUGAGCACAGCGCUGUGCAACAUGUCCGAGUUGAAAGCGCCCUCGCUGCAAUCACUGCUGGAAUCGGAUCGGGGUUCCACGGACAGUUUACAGCUGGAUUUUGAGUUUGAAGGCUUGGAUGAUGUAGAGUUUGCCAUACCACCUACCGAUGUGUUGCCCACACUGGAAACGGUGCUCAGCGAGUUUGAAGCGGAUUCCGAUGUAGCCUCAGAGCUGGGUGUGCCGGUGCCGCGUGCCACGCCCACGCCAUCAAUUAGUGAAGAUUGUGGCGUACGCGCUGAUGGACGUGGUGGCGCGGCUUCUGGUUCCAUAAUGCGCUACACUCUACUGCAUGGCAUUUCCUCUCAAUUGGCCUCCGCUGCUGAUCGCAUCAAUGCCGGUGCGGCGAGUGCCUGCGCUGUUGCAGCAUACAUAGCGGUGGGUACCUCACACGGUCACAUACUCAACUUUGAUGUCACACAAACAUUGCGCUGGGCGCACCAGGAUAAGCACAGUCAAGGCGCCGUCUCGAGCCUGGCCUUCAAUGCCGAUUCAACGCGUCUCCUCGCCGGCUUUGCCCGCGGACUUGUCGCUAUGCUAGACACGCAGACCGGCGACGUGCUGCGUGAGCUGUUCGAUGUCAUCACACCCAACACGGGUGUUUUGCAUGUCAAGUGGACAUCGCGCUCUUCGCUGGCACUUUGUGCGGAUGCAGGCGGCUCCGUCUGGUCGCUGAGCUUUACCCGAAAACUAGGCAUUCGAGGGUGCACUUCACGAUGUCUGUUCUCAGGCGCACGUGGAGAGGUCUGCGCGGUGGAGCCGCUCAUUAUGGAUGCUACAGGACGCCAUGAACUAGACCAAUACUGCAUUGUGGCAUUGGCCACGCUCUCCAAGUACUUUAUUGUGACAGUACGUCCCCGUCUUCGCGUUAUCAAGUAUCAUGCCCUGCAAGGUCCUCCGGAUUGUCUGCCACUACUCGCCUGGCAGCUGGUGCUCAUACAGGCAGCGGACACCACACGUUCCGUGGAUCCCGUCAUUGUGGUGGGUCGUGGGAAUCAAUUGUUCUUCCAUCAGCUGUUUGUGGCCAAUGGACGCAUUACAUUGCUCUAUCUUCGCCAUGUGCAGCUGCAGAGCAGCUUACUCUCUGGCCAUUGGCUGGGCCCUAAGUGCGUCGCCUCGUUGGACACAUCGGAGAUACUGCACCUGGUGGAUGUGCGCUCCAGCCGUGAACUAGAAUGCAUGGACAUGGCCAACGCUGGUCUUGUCUAUGGCUCGGCUCAGUUCAAGGGUCUUGCCACCGGCGGCAAUGUCUCCCCAGCGUUUGCCUUAGCUGGCACCAAUGCCUGCUACAACUCCGUGGUUGCCCGCUCUACGCAGCUGUACGUACUCGGUGCACGUUCUCUGCACAUUAUAGGAGUGCGCACCUGGUCGGAGCGUAUUAGCUAUUUGGUUAAGAACCAUCGCUGGCAGGAGGCUUGUCAACUGGCUCUGGAUGGUUACGUUGCCUCCGCAGAAAGGCCGCGUAAGCGUGCGCAAGCCAAAGAGCGCAUAAUAAUGUUGUUCAAGGACUACAUUGCCAACUCGGCGCGUGCUCCCGACUACUGCCUGGGACCCAUUGUCAAGUGCCUCAUUACCAUAGGUGAGCUGGAGUUGCUAUGGACGCAGCUCUGGGAGCAUCUACACAACAACACGGACCUCUUCCUACAGCACAUCUCCGAGCACAUUGAGCAGGACACCAUACACAGUGUAAAUCCCGUCAUCUCGCAGGCACUAGUGGAAUACUGGCUCCAGCGCUCGCCCGAACGUCUUGAACAGCUUAUCCUGAAGUUGGACUGGAUGUGUCUGGACCUCAAUCAGGUGCUGAAAGCAGUAAAGCGCCAUCAGCUGUAUCGAGCUCAACUCUACCUCAAUGCCUGUGCCUUGAACGACUACACGGCUGCGCUAACCGAGCUGUUACCGCAGCUGACGCCGGACCAAACAAAUCUGGGAAACUGUCUGCUAGUUUAUGUGUCAAGCUGCCUAGCCGGUCGUCGCUAUCCUAGUGGCGACGUACCUGCCGAGCUGGUGCAGCAAGUUAAGCAUGAUGUGUUGCGAUGCCUCACCUCCCAGCAUUCCAGUGCCAGUCCGGCGGAUGAGUUGCCGUAUCCGUAUCUACGCGCGCUGCUCAAGUUCGACACGCGCGAAACUUUGAAUGUCAUCUCGCUGGCAUUCCAGGAACGGGAGUUCAGCAAUGAGCUUGGCUAUUCCCAUCGCAAACGCAUUAUCUAUCUACUACUCGAGAUUAUGACGCCCGAAAACGCAACGUGGGCGGAAAUUGGCUGUUUGCUGAACUUUAUCGCACAACAGAUAUCGACGCAGUGCCUGCCGCGCGACAAACAGCUGCUGGAGCGUGUGCUCAGCUAUUUGGCCCAGGAGCACAUUGCCAAGGAGAGCGAGCGGCAGCAUUCAGAGCGGGAAAGCGCAUGGCACGAACUGCUGUCUAACAAUUGCCUGGCGGAUAUAAGCAGCGAUGAGGAGCAACUGGAGUUGGCGCAGCGUGCCAACUGCUACUAUGUGGUGGAAUAUUUGCUGGAAAAGCUGCAGCGUUACCACAAUAUACUCAGCUGCUACAUCAAGAAUCCAUCACGGCACGAGUCCAUGUUUGUCUACAUGGAGCUUCAUGUGCAUGACAUUGAACGCUGCAUUUACGCGCAGGUGCGUAACAAUCUAGACCAGCUGCUGCAGAUCAAUGCAAAGGAGACAACGCGUGUCAUUGCGCUGCACUUUCCGGACAAGAUUGAUGAACUGUUGGAACAACUUAGAACUAAGCCAGUAGAGCUUUUUAGUCUGUUGAAGUGCCUGAAUGAGCGACAAAGCAAACUACAGCCCGCGUAUCUUGAGAAACUCUUGGAGCUCUAUUGCCAGCAACAAACGCCGGAAGCGGUGCUAGAAUUUCUACAUGACACCACGGGAUACCGGCUAGACAAGGCCAUUGAGAUUGUGAAGCAGCAUCAACUGCAACGCGCUGUCAUCUAUCUGUACGAGCAACAAGAGUACUAUGCGCAAGCAUUUGAUCUGUCCAUGGAGCUGCUGCAGACGGCCAGCCAGGAGACGGCUUCAGGGGAGGCGCAGCUUGUAGCAGCACUGCUUGCCCGCGCGGCACAAACGUUGCCUGCGGAUAAGCUAGAGCGUUGUUGGUUUACGCUCCUGCAGUAUGUUCUGCCGCAGCAGGCUCUGCAGUCGAUUGCCAAGUCAAUGCUACAUGAAGCAUCGCAGCAUAUCGACCUGCAAAAUCUGGUGCAGCUAAUCAUGAAUACGCACAAUGUUGUGAGCAGCUUUGGUGACAUCAAGGAGCUGCUUAUGAGCAUGCUUAUCAGCUCACGCCAGGAGACGGAGGCUUUGCGCCUGGCAGCCGAUGUCCUCUGCCAGGAUCUGCAUACGCAGUUCGCUGAAAAACAUCGCCAGGCCCGUCGUGGCCUUUGGGUGACCAGCAUGCGUUGCCAGCUGUGUCGCCAGCGUCUAUAUGACCAGACAGAGGUCAUUGUGCUAGGAGUCUGUGGGCACGCAGUGCAUGACCGCUGCCUUAUCGAAGAGACGCCACUACAGCAAUGUCCACGCUGUACCAUAACGCUGCCCACUGUGCCUGCUGAUGAGACGCAGCUUGCCUUUACGAGCUUGCCCUGCCCCAAUCAGCAUUUACUACAGAGCAGCAACAGCAUAGAGCUGGGCGCACUGCAGCUAAAGGCGCCUCCUAGGCGCUUCUGCUAGACCUGCCUGUAUUCCUUCUCCCAUCUAUAUAUUUAUUGAAAACUCUCUAUUUUGUUUAAGCGUAUUCAUGUCAUGAAAGUUUCCUAGUCGGGCGCAUUGUAAUUUGACCAAAACUAAAUGUAGCAAUAUGCAUCAAUUCAAUUUAAUUAUUUGUGUAUACAUGUUUUGGUUCAGCAUUCCGUAGUUCAAUAUCGUCAGUAAUUUGGCUUGUAAAAAACGUGUGAGGUACAUAUAUGUAUCAGUCCAUAUAUUAAAUAAAUUAUUUUAAU